CUAUAUACGGCAGCCGGGUGGGGAGUUGGGGACUGGGAAGUGGGAACAUGCACGCUUGUCGCUUGCUUGCCUCGCCGCGCUAGCAAAAAACAGAAACGUCUGUCAAAAAACAUUAUGUUUACAAACAAAUAAAAUUUAUAUACUCAAAAAGCUCCAAAAAAAUAUAAUUAAUAAAUUAAUCAUGACAGCACAAGUUAUGUGUUUAACAUCAUCUGGAGGUAUUCCAUUAUUUACCAGAAAAAAAGGAGAAAUAAAUGCAAUGACAUUUACAAAAAUGGCAUCAUUAAAUGGUGUACAAAUGUUUUUAAAAUCUCAAAAUAUAAAAUUAAUAAACACACUACUACCAGACAUGACAGUUGUAUGGAAAGAAUUUGCUGAUUCAAUAACAUUAAUAACAAUAGCAAGUGGUACAACAAAAUUAGUAUUAGAUAAUUUUUUAAAUGCUGUAUUUAAUUCAAUGAUAUUUGUUGCUGGUAUUGAUGAAAUUAAAAAUCCUCGUAAUAUUGAAAAGCUAAAAAAAGAAUUACGUAAUUGUUAUUGUAUUGUUGAUAAAUUAUUGGAUUGUCUUGACAUUGGUAAUAGAACAAUUGACAUUGAUUUAAUAAAUAUGUCAAGUAGUAUGAUAUGUUAUGAAAAACAAUUGUUAAAUAAUUGUUUAGAUAUGUUAAUGGAAAAUUUAGAUUCAACAUAUGGUUGUAUAUUAAUUCAUGGUUGUAUUGCUACAGCAACUCAAAGUUGGCUUAAACUUGAUAAAAUUGAAAUUAAAUUAUUAAUUAUGACUGUGUUAUUGGACACUUCAUGUACAUCAUGUGAUUUGCCAGUAUUUUUACCAAAAAUGAGUCCAAAUAUUGCAUUUCGUCUUGUCUCAAUAAUGUUGAUUAAAGAUGUACAUAUUUUAGCACUAUGUGGACCACAUCCAGAGCUCAUAGAAAUUGAAAAAUUAACAAUACAAUAUUGGAAAAAUCAUGUUGAUACAUUGAGAAUUGCUGAAAAAAAUUAUCCAAAAUGUUUACCAAUUGAUUUAACAUUGGAUCCAGCUAUACUUGGUCUUUUACUUGUUGAUAUUGAUAUUGGUAAAUUUAUUGUCAGUAGAAAUUCAAGUCAAUUGAUAAAUCAUCAAAUUGGAACACAUAGAAUUGAUAUAUUAAAAACAUUUUGGUAUGAAGCUGUUGAACCAUUUUUAAUUGAUCAUAAAAAUGAAGAUUUUGAUAGUGAUUUUGUUGUUAAUGAUGAGGAUGAUCAGAAGCAUCAUGCUAAAGAGACAUACUGGUGUUCAGAGUAUCACAAGUGUCAUGCAUUAAAAGAUAAUAAUAAUAUACUUUGUGUUCUUUAUACAUUUUCAAUACCUAAUCAUACAAUGCGACUGAUAACAUCAACAACACUUAAAACUUUAACAACUGAUAAACAAUUAUUAUGGUAAUUUGUUAGGGGUGUUGAUAUAAAAUUUAUUUAUCAUGUUAAUGUUGGUGCUGUAAGUGGAAAUGAUGAUGGAGCUUUUAUAUAAAUUAAUAUUUAAAACAAAUAUUUAAUUAGCAAUAUAAUUUAUUAUUUACAACGUGUAAAUUAAAAGUUUGAAGUUUUGAUAAAUUAUUAUUUUUAAAUUGUGUAUACAUAUAAUUACAGAUUAACAAUUGAUUUAUUUUUUUUUUCUACUAUUUUCUUAUAUUUAUCUAAACUAGUGAUCACAUUUUUUUUUAUCUUGAAUAUAAAAUCAAUGUUUAAUUAUAAAAACAAUGACAUUAUAAAGUGUAAAUUAUAUAUUUCUAAAAAUAAAUAAAUUGAUAUUUAAUUUUG